AGUUUAGAAAUGGGUUCUCUUUUGCCCUCUCUCUCUCUCUCUCUCUCUCUCUCGCUCACACACACACACACACACACAAACGCCACUAAACCUCACCUCUUCUCACCGCGAGCCGCUCAUCUCACCGUCGCUCACCGCCGUGCGACGUCGCACAUCGCCACCGCCGCAAAUCGCAGUCGCACAUCACCAUUAUCUCGCCUCCAGUUUACAUUCAGGAGGACUUGGAUGAUAUAUACAGGAAUAGUUCUAUUUGUAAACAUAAAUAACCCCAACACCCUUUUCCCCAAGGCCUUGAGGAUUUCAGCCUCUAACUGCAGCGGUAACAGCAACAGCAGUGUUGCUAAGGCUAAUCUUCUCUCUGAACCAUCAAAGAAUUGGGUAAAGAAAAUACAGGAUGAGUGGAGGAUCCUUGAGAAAGAUUUGCCAGUUGUAAACUUAACCCUCAUAGAUCUUCCUGGGCUGACAAAGGUUUCUGUGGAGGGACAGUCAGACACUAUUGUUGAAGAUAUUGAAAACGUGGUCCAUUCUUACGUUGAGAAGGUGCAGAACUUAUCCUGGCAAGAACAGUGAACAAUUUUUUCCUAAUAAAAAAGAAGCACCAAAUAAAAUAUGCAUUUUUUGAGUCAUCUACCUUCGGGAACUAUAUUUUACCUUGUGUUUGUUUGAGAAGAUAUAUUGGCUGCUUGCAAAAUUGCAGGUCAAUAAUUUAGAAGAUAUAUGAUUUUGUUUCUUAACGUAAAUGCAAAGAAUGCAUAUUUCAUGCCAAAAUCCUCUUCUUCCGAUUAUGGAUCAAAUGCUGCAGCAUAACAAGAGGUGGAGAUGCAAAGAUUUUAGAUACAAGGUGGAGAUUACUUUUGGCAUGAAACAUAUUACUAUUGGCAUGGUAUAGAUUAAUCUAUUAGAUAUUUCUUUGUGUAUGGAGGACAUGAUUUUUGUAUGAUUAUCUGUUUGUAUGGAAUUAUUAUUUUAGGUUAGAUUAUAUUUAGUUUGUAUGAAAUUUGACGUUGAAAGUUUGAAUUUUUGGAUGAUUGAAAGUGAAAUAGAAAUGGGUAUAUUUAUUGUUUUGUUUA